UAAGUGAUCAUCGGUGAAGAUCCAAUAACAUGCGUGCAUAAAAAGACAGCGAUCGCAUUAUAAACUCUUGUUCAAAUUAUCAGUUUAGUGAAAAGUAUCUAAUGGAAUACAAAUUCAAGCGGCUUUAACGCGGAAUAAAAAGAAUAAAGAAUUUACAAAUUAUAAGAGCUCGAGGAGCAGCAGUACCACCUGAUAAUUACCACCUGCCACCCCAUCGAGGUCCCCAUUGGAGCCCCACCAUUGAAGUGCCCCCCGGAAUCAUGGCGAGCAUCUCGGCGCUGCUCCACCGGAGUCACAGCCACAGCAAUGGUUACACGAGCAGCGGGAGUAGCAAUCACAGCCACAGCAGCAGUCUCUCACCGCAGUUGCCCGGCAUCAAUUUGGGUUUGGGAAUGGUCGGUGGUUUGGGAGCGGGAUCGGGAAACUCCACACCACCACCCUUGCCGCCAGCUGACCUCGCCGUUCCGACAGCGGCCCCUACCCCAGUGGCGCCACCCAAAAUGCACCACCACCCGCACCAUCAUCCCACCAACUCCCACCCGAACGCCCACUCGAAUCAAAAUUCUGGAUCCCAUCACAACAGCCACGACCACAUUAAGCGACCAAUGAACGCUUUCAUGGUCUGGUCGCGGGGGCAGCGUCGCAAAAUGGCCCAGGACAAUCCAAAAAUGCACAAUUCCGAAAUAUCGAAGCGCCUGGGCGCCGAGUGGAAAUUACUCACCGAAGGACAGAAGCGUCCAUUCAUCGACGAGGCAAAACGAUUGCGGGCCCUGCACAUGAAAGAACAUCCCGACUACAAGUAUCGGCCACGUCGCAAGCCCAAGACGCUCAACAAGUCACCAGUGCCAGGUGGUGGUGGUGGAUCAGGCGGUGGUGCUAAUGGUGGUGCCAAUGGCGGUGGUGUGGGUAAUCUAGGCCCUGGAGGUCCAGGAUCCGGCGGCUCGCCCAAGGACAUGCAGCCCCAGUUGUCGCCUUUGGGCCAGAACCUGCCCCAUCUCCACGGACAUCCCCACCAGUCGUCAUAUCCACCGCAUCCGCACCACCCGCAUCCCCAUCCGCAUCACGUCCAGCUGGCCGCCGCCACUCUGAGCGCCAAGUACGGAUUUGGAUCGCCUUUGGAGUUGUCCCUGCCCCGCCUGCCGAACGCCUUUCCCGGCCUCGCCCACUAUCCACUGGAUCCCACGCUCGCCCUGGACCUCCAGGCCCGCCUCCAGGCGAUGUACGCCGGCUCCAUCUACCACCCGUGGCGGUACCUGCCGCUGAUCAGCCCGGAAACACCACCCUCCCCGCCCAGCAGCAGCGGCACCGGCAUCUCGUCCUACGGAUGCGUCAAGUCGGAGAAGUCCUCUCCGAAUGCGGUGGUCGCCACUACGGCCAGUCCGCCCAACAUCAUUUGACCGACUCCACUGCGCUUCGGCGCCGGCACCUCCUCAUCCGCAGAGCAUGUGGUCUAGGAUGGGAUCGGGUGCCAGAUAGAGAGGCUUUGGAUGGUCAUCCUGACCGAUCACAUCCGAAGAUCUCGUCCCGGAAUCCCGGCCAAUUGGUCACCCCGCCCCGCAAGUUAAAAGUCCUAAUGUUAGAGCCUAGUGUUAGUCGAAUAUUUGUGCGUGUCUUUGGUUGCUGCAAAAGUUAUGUUCCGGGUUCUGAUUUUAGUUCGUUCGGUUAUAUUCCAUGUUUGAAUGUGGAUUGAAUAAUGUUCCGUAAAAUAUUUUAUCUAGAUUUUAUGGAGCUUUUUCUUCAGAACUCAUCGUUAUUUUAAAUCUCAAGUUCGUGGAUUUUACCUGCGUAAAAUUAAAUUAUUAUUCCCAAUUUCAUAUUCAUUAACAGCAUCGCAAGUUUUAUUGAUUGUUGUUAUUUGGUUAACGCUAGUUACAGGGCUUAGAAUGUAUAUCCCUCAAAAAAAAUAAUUACAGAUUACGUUUCGGUAAAUCUUUUGCAGUACUGCCUUUACUUAAAAUAAAUUGCUUAAUUCACUGAUUAAUUUAUUUUUUAAGAUUCCGCAAUUUUUGUUAUCAAAUUUCAGAACCCAAUAAAACUGCUUUUUAGGUCUUUAGUACAUUAGAUUUGUUAAGGCAUAAAGAACAUGUCCAAUUUUAUGUAAUAUAUGAUUGUAAAACUAUACUUUAAUGUGAUAAAUGAAAAAGAGCAGAAAAUU